GUCGAAUCCAAAUCUCUAUGUAUACGCAAAUCUAUCUCAACCUUGCCUGAGAGCAAUAGACCUCGAAGACUGUUUUCAUUGCUCAUCUGAUAUCUUCACACUGGAGAUCGUCGAGGUUCAAUUAAAGUGGGACUAUCGCGUCAAAUACCCAAUCAUGUCUCUUACACAGACCACCUAAAUGGGAGCCCGACGCGGCGCGACUUCCACUUGGUUUCUCACUCUCACCACCCUUCUUCUCACAACCAAGUACAACAAAAUCUAGAGGAGCCUUUCACUUGAGCCAAAUCUCUUACUUCUCACUGCGACUCCAAAUAUAACUCGCCAACUUAUCCAAGAUGCCGAUGUACGGAGAUCAGGGCAACAAAUUGGUGCAACACGCCAAACGCAUGCAGAACCUCGCCCACCUGCCACCAUACCAGACAGAGCUCGUCCGCGCCGUGACACGUGAGGUGCGAGAUUUGGACAAGGACGUGGCCAGCCUCCUCGAACCUUUUCAGGGGUCAUUUGACCCCUCUGCAGACCAGUCCACGGCUUGCACCCUACUGGUCAACCAUCUGUCUAUGCGGAGAAACAAGCGGUGCCUCCUUGCCUACCACCGCACCAGGACAGAUAAGCUGGAGGAGCUGGUAUGGAACGGGUCAGAUGUCCUAGACCUCGCUGGCCAGCAAGCGGGAGGUGGUGCCAAUGGCGCAACUGCCACGGCCGAUGGUGGGGCGAGUAGCAGUCUGAGCCCACAAGAGGAGGACUACGUUCGACAAUACGGCGACCUCCUCGCGGCCUACAAGGGCCAGUGGACAGAUAUUGACCUAACUGGCAGCCUCGAGCCGCCUAGAGAUCUCUUCAUUGACGUGCGGGUGCUCAAAGAUGCGGGGGAGAUCCAGACCGAAUACGGGGCUAUCAAUCUCACCAAGAACAGCCAGUUCUAUGUUCGGCAAGGAGAUGUUGAGCGCCUGAUCGCCCAGGGCUACCUUCAGAAGCUUGGCUGA